AUGUCAGACUUCCCACUCCCCCCUCGGCCAGCAACACCUCAGGUCCUAGUCCACCGACUUCCUGACAAGAUUGAAGACUCUGACAACUCACGCAAGCCUGAGAAAUAUGUUGUCCUCAUCUCAGGCUCCACGAACGCACCGGGGAAGGUCCAGAUUGCACGGGAGGUAUCUGCCGCCUUGUCUUGUGCUUUCUAUCUUGGCGACAGCAUGCACGAGUCUGCCGCCAAAGCUGCAAGUGUUGGGUUCAACCGCCAGAUGCCCACGACUGGAAUGAGUAGUGAUGCUGGUGCAGUCGAAUCACCGACACCAUUGGGUCCAAACGAAGCACGCUAUCAGCGCAUGUGGCUAUCCAAGAUGACUCGCACUGGGCUUCUCUUUCCCGAGAAGUCUCGAGCGGCAGGUGAGGGCUUCUCGGGUUUUGGAGGCGCUUCGUCUACUUCAACGAGUCGCAGAGGUUCUGCAAGCUCAGUCGCUUCCGUCUCGUCAAGCGCAGCACCGGGAUCCAGCAUUGCGAGCAGCCGACGCGAGUCCACGAGCUUUGCACACUCAGGACCCCCAGCUUCAAGCACCUUUUCAUCAGAGGGUCCCGUAGCUAACCUCCAUACGUCAAUCCCACCGUCCGAGAAGGAGCGUCGUCGACUUGCUAAUCCCGUGCUCAUGGUGCUUACACACCCAGAGCUGGAACAGUGGCACCGAGACGCCAUUAGAAAAGCCGUCAAGGACUACAGCAUUGGCAUCAUCUUUGUGCCCCUUGAACGUGGCUCUGAUGAAGGUGGUGAUGAGGAAGAACUGCCUAUUCUUCGACCGCUCGACCCAACAACCAUGACCAGUUUCCCGACUUCUUUUAGAGCCUUUGCCAGCAACGCACGCCGGGUACCUAGCCUAGAUGAAGAAUUGAAGCUUAACAUCGACAUAGAAAAUGAUAUGGAGGGGCAGAUAGCUGAGAUCACCGAGUCGGUACGAGACAUGAUUAAUAUUGAGGUUUAA